ACUGGCGCUACUGAUGCUAUAUGUCGCCAUCUUUUAUUAGAAAUGGGCAGCUGUUGCAAAUGAACGGGAAUAAAAACGCAAAAUAAACAAGAAUUGCGACACUCAGCAUUAUUUUUUGACUUCCGUUUCGUUGCUAGUUAAGUGCCGGAAUGCCCAAAAGGAAGGCCAAGAACGAGGACUCCGAGGAUCUGCAGUCCUUCCUCAACGAUAUCCAAAAGGAGACCGAAGGCAGCAGCGAUGACAAGGUGGUGCAUACGAUUCUGAAGGCCAUCAGUGCCGAGGAUGGAGAUCUGGACGAGCAUGAUGACGAGGAGGCAGCGAACUCCAAGCAGGAGGAGCAGCAGUCAGAGGAAGAUGUCGCUGCGGAGGAAGAGGAGGAGGACGACGACGACGACAAGUACUUCAUAGAUGACGAGGGCAACUGCUACAUCAAGACAACGCCCAGGAAGCAAAAGGAGCUGCAGAAGAAGCUAAAACAGACGUCGGCCAAGCCAGGAAAGGCUGUCCGAUCGGUGGUCAGCAAAGCCACCAAUAAAUCCAUCAAUCUGCGUCCGGCCAAAUCACCACCAAAAGCCGCCGCGUCUAAGGCAGCACCUGAGCCCAAGGCAAACAGCGGUCGUCCUGUCCGAGCAGCGGCGACUAAGCCGAAGCAGAUCGAGCUGCCCCCUCCACCACCACCAGCGCCAAAAGUACCCGCCACCCGGGGCAGGCCCAGAAGGAACCCAAUCAUUCCGAAACCCGAACCUCUCGAUCUGGAGCGAGAGCUCGAGGAGCUGGUGGAUGAGCCCGACAUCAGUGCAGUGGUAACCGAUUUGGGGGACUAUGCUGUGGACAGUGCCGACAUUGAGGCAGCCUCCUCGGUGCUAGAAGCAAACGAGAAUGAGGUCUACGAGUUCGAGGACACGGCAGAAGAGGUGGCGACUGAAAGCAAGAAGGACCUGGACUAUGUGUUUAGAGCCUCGGAGGUGGAGCUGAAGCCGAAGUCAUCUUCAAAUGACUCGGGACAAAAGUUCUCAUGCCCCCACUGUCCGUACACGGCUAGUAAAAAGUUUCUAGUGACGCGCCAUGUCCGGAGUCAUGAGGCCGAGCAAGGCUUUAAGUGCUCCAUCUGCGAGAGGUCCUUCCGAUCGAACGUGGGACUGCAGAACCACGUGAACACGCACCUUGGCAAGAAGCCGCACAAGUGCAAGUCCUGCGAUAGCGCCUUCACCACCAGCGGCGAGCUGAUCAGGCAUACGCGCUACAAGCACACCAAGGAAAAGCCGCACAAGUGCACGGAGUGCAGCUACGCCAGUGUGGAGCUGACCAAGCUGCGUCGCCACAUGACCUGCCAUACGGGCGAAAGACCGUAUCAGUGCCCGCACUGCACCUACGCCUCGCAGGACAUGUUCAAGCUGAAGCGUCACAUGGUGGUCCACACGGGCGAGAAGAAGUACCAAUGCGACAUCUGCCAGUCGCGAUUCACGCAAUCCAACUCUCUGAAGUCCCACAAGCUCAUCCAUAGCGUGGUGGACAAGCCGGUCUAUCAAUGCAAUCUGUGUCCUACGACGUGCGGACGCAAGGCCGAUCUGCGUAUCCACAUCAAUCACAUGCACACUCCCGGUGAGCUGCCGAUCACAUGCCGGCGUUGCGGCCAGCAGUUGGCCGAUCGUUACCAGUACAAACUGCACGUUAAGUCGCACGACGGCGAGAAGUGCUACAGGUGCAAGCUGUGCAGCUACGCUUCGGUGACGCAGCGUCACCUGGCCUCGCACAUGCUCAUCCACCUGGACGAGAAGCCGUUCGUCUGCCAGCAGUGUCCGCAAUCCUUCCGCCAACGUCAACUGCUGCGCCGCCACGUGAAUCUCAUGCACAACGAGAAGUACCAGCCGCCUGUUCCGCGUGCCAAGCAGCAUCAGUGUCCGACCUGUCCACGGGCGUUCACCCACAAGGGUAACCUUAUGCGACACAUGGAGAUGCAUGACGAUUCGGCGAAAGCUCGAGAGAAGCAGCGCUGCCUUAAGAUGGGCCGUAAUGUGCGUCUGCAGAAGGAUGGCACUGUCACCACGGUGGUCAACGAUAAAUUCAUAGACAUGGCCGACGACGAGAGCGGCGAGGAGGACAACCCCGAGAACUAUGACCUGGCCGAGAUCGAGCCGGAGAACACGGACGAUGAAGAUUCCGAAGUUAUUAUACCCAAUGAUUUCAUACGCAAGAAAACCAAGCCCGCACCUGUGAUCAUCAACAAGCAGGUCGGUCUUGCGGGCUCUGACAAGGAGCCCACCAUUAUAAAUCGACGACUCCGCUCUGCCGGGAGCACCAAAACGUUCCACAUCAAAGAGGAACCGGACAACGCGGACUUCACCGUGGAACUUCAAGGUGAAGACGGCGGGGUAAUGGUCGUGGAGCUGGUUAACGGCAAAGGCGAGGUAGUCGUCAAGCACGAACCAAGCGCAGCCUCCAAUAUUAAUGCCGAAAACUGCUUUGGUUUCGAGGAGGACGACGAUUAUGAAGACUACGGGAAUCAGGAGAACGGAGUUGAUGGCGCUUCACAGGAGUUCCUCCAACUGAUGGACAUGAUUGAGCAGGAUUCUUAGUCUCCUCAAAAAACAAAAGGUAGAGAUAAGUAAUUAGGGCUAAGCUAUGUACAUACCAAGAAUAUGAUAACGAAUUCGACGUUAUAUUGUUUUCUAUAAAUACAAACUCUGAAAUUUGUAAAACUAA